ACUCACGCUAGAGUCAACAUGGCGUCGCAAGAUGAAGUUGACGUAUGUGAAAGUUGGGAGGAUAUGGACGAAAUUGGUUUAGACCAGAAGAUCCAGCUAAUGUCAAGUGUCCCAUCAACGACAACAUUGAAAAGUUGCAAGGUUACUAACGUAAUAGUGGAGGAUAACGCGUGUAUAGGCUCCCAGUGCAUAAUGCCAGAGCCAGCUAUUCGUAUAUUAAAGCGGCCGUCUUCUAUGUCGAGCGGCCAGCUCAACGGAGAGAACCGUGCCCGUCCUGUAAAAACUUUAGAACAAAGACAAAAAGAGUAUGAAGAGGCCCGUUUGCGAAUAUUAGGGGAAGCUCGGAGCCCAGAAGACGUCAUUGACGAUAACCUGAGCCGCUUGCAAGACAAACUGCAAGCCAACAAUAUAAAUGACAACCCAAAGUCAACAAAGAAUUGUCAAAACGAUAAUGCCAAAGGAAGGGAAAAGAAAGUUCUGGCUCGGUUGCCGCCCGGUGCCACUGCAUCUGGUAUAUUCCCCUCCCCACCUCCACCAGGUGUGCUGGUGAUAAGAACACCAAGGGGUCCUGACGGUACAAAGGGUUUUGUGCGGAGGUAGCAUUAUCUGAUUAUAUUAUUUAAAGUUUAUCAUAAUCGUUAUGACUGGUAACGCUUUGUGCCUGGUUUUACAAUUUCUGUAAGUUUUUAAGCAUCUAGUUAUAAAUAAUAUUAUGGAUUGUCAUUGCCAAGUCUUGUGGCCUUGCAUCUAUGCAGUUAUUAUUUAAAAUUGCAUGUGUACCUAGUUGUUAUUGACCUUUGUGUCAAAAGCUAGUGAAAGGUACAGAGUGAUAUGCUACUGCGAGUGCAAUGCAAAUAACUCAAUAUCAAAUUGUACCUUUAAAUGUGAAUACACUAGAUAUGUUAUUGUAAAUGGAAUUCAAAUUAAAGUAGAUUUAACAAAAAGUACUCUGUUUUGUUGAAUAACUUCUAUUUGAUAUAUUUCCAUUGUAAAAAUUACAUUUCCUAUGUAUUGUCACUGUCAAAAUAUCACUUGCUUUCUAAGGGCUAUAUCAGCGUUUGGAUGGCAAUUUAACAAUAGUAUGAGGGUAUUUAUAAAAAAUCAUAGAAUUGUAAUGAAAAGUAUAUAUGGUACAGUUUGUUAACAUAAUCUUUAUAAACAUUUUACAUAAUUUCAGCGAGUACUUACAGAUAUUGUAAAAUCAUGUAAAUAUGCACUUUCUGGGGAACAAUUAUAUUGUACAAUACAAUAAUUGAUGAAACUCCCAUAGAUUUUAAUGUUAUAGUCUCUUCGACUGUAAGAAUUGACACUGUGCCUCAUGUUAUUUAUAUUUUGUCAUUUAAAUAUUUUAAUCGUCUUAACACACGCGUACAAACUGUAAUAACGUUUGUAUGCAGUUUUUAUAUAAGUAUAAGGUUUUAGCUGAAUACUAUCACAUGUUUUUAAUUGCAACUACGAUAAUUAUUUAAGUUUCUUUUUAAAUUCUAUACAGAGCAGUAUUAGGAUGAGGGGCCCCGGAAUUGAGGCUCUUUAAUCAAUUUACUUUGUUAUAUGAGGAGUGAAAGUUAAAUAAUUGUUGUAGUUGUUAUAGCAGUAAAGAUUAAAUUAAUUAUUUGUGUAUAAUUUCGUUGAAUUAAAAUAAUUAGAACUGCUCUAAGAUGCGCAACAACAGACAUUUUAUAGACCAAGUAUAAAUAAAAAUACAUUUUAUUGCCGAAGUUAGCAAUCAAAACCAAGGUCUUGGUGUCGUUGUGAAAAUACCAAUUUAAAGUUAAAAAUUAUUUGGUUUCUAUUUACUUUAAAUUUGCGUGAAUGUUCCGAUUGAAAUUUACUUAAAAAAAAAAAUCUUCUUUGUGAAGUUCUAAUAUCUAUAUGUACAGGCCAAAGGGUUUUGAUGCUAUAAUGAACUACUAAUAUUUAGGUACAAUUGUUUUGAUUUUGCAUCUCUAAGGAAAUUAGUUGAAAUCGCGUAGCUUUAAUUUUAAGCAUAGGCGUAAUAAGAAAUAAUGAUCUGCUAUGUACAACUUACGUGAUACAAAAUCAGAAUGAUGUGUAAUCACAUUACGAAUAUUGUAUAGCAUCCAUAUUGUGACAUCUAGUCAUUGUAUACUGUACUUUGCAUGGGUAUUUUUAAAUUUAACAUUUUAUACACACUAUAACGGUUUAUGAGGCGUUUUGUUAUUAUUUUACUUGGAAUAUACCCUGCUUUUAUAUUGUGAAAAUUGGAUAUUAAUUAACGUAAAAAUGGAGUGUUAUCGUGUGUCAAGAUAUUAAAAAUACAACUUGAGCAUUCUUUGUGGGUUGUCCAAUGUCGAAAUGUUCUUAAUAUUCAUCAAAAAUACUUGUCGAUGUUUUGUUAUUUUCGUAAAAGGAUUCCUCGCAUACCAAAUAAUAUUCUCAACCAAAAUUUUACAAAACGAUCAAAAUGUAAAUUAUCGCAAUUGGUAUACGUAGGUUUGUAACAUUCUUAAUCUAGAAAAAAAUUAGUUUUAAGGUAAACAAUGGAUUGUGAUAUAGUAAUCUAAUUACAAGCCUUGUGUUACAUCUAUUUUAUUCUAAUGUGCUUUACGUUUAUAUGACUGUCGCGGUGAUUCUUUUGUAACUUUUCUGAUAUGGUUAAGAUGCUAAUAAUUAGGUUUUAGAACCUAUGCCGAUUUUUAUUAAUUUGGGCCAAUGUAUUCUAUUUGCGUGCUAGGUGUACCAAUUAUGUGAGAAAUACCAAAAUAUUUCAUGUGACUUAAGAAUCACCGCCAUUUUAUAUUGAAUGGGUUCGUACUCAUUGUAUAUCACAUAAUAAUUAUAUAAAACCGAACGCACAAUAACGUAUACAUUAGAGACAUGAAUUUUUAUGCGUGUUCAAAAUUUUAUACAAUAUAACGUUUUUACCUGAGACAGACAAGGACAAUGUUGAAUAAUAAAAUAAUAUUAAAUUGUGAAUUUUUAAGCGCAUUUACUUUCAAUUUUAUGUUCCUUAAAAUGUGUGAAUGUGUGUAUAUGUUACGCUCAAAGACCAAAAGCGCAAAUCCGCGAAAAAAAAA